AUGGAUGAAGAGGUCGUGAAGUAUUUACCUGAAGCUUUCGCAUUUGUUUAUGUCAUCAAAACUGACAACGCCGGAGGAGUCCAGAAAGACAGGGUCAGUGUUAAGAAUAACCACCAUUCCCAAAUGGCAACAGUUUAGUAAACCGUGAGGAGCCCCGUUGAAAGGGUUUUGAUAAGUCAGAGUUUGACCCAAUGUCCUUUAGAAGCUUUCAAACCAUUACAUUGAUACUGAAUAAGAUUAAACUCUUAUUUAUUUUACAGCUCGAAAAGUUGCUUAAAGAAGUGAGAAAAGUGACACUUAAUGAAAAGGGAGAAUUUUCAUCGAAGAGCGCACUGUUCGUGUGUAACAAGUGGGACCAACUACCACAGAAAGAGAUCGAAGAAGUAAAGAAAUACGUAAUCAGGAAAUUGGAAAAGUGUUGGCCCGGUCUUGUUCCAGAGUCACAGAUCAUCUACAUGUCAGCAAAAAAGGCGAUUGACGCACAGAAAUUGGGAAUCAUCACAAAUGACUUCCUCUCCUUGAUGAAUGGUAUAAGAUCCACGGUCAUGAAGAGCAUAGAGGCCAGACUGGAAAGUUAUUGGAGGUAAGAAUUGACUGAAAACUUUAUCAUUGGGCGAAAUGAUUGUGAUAAAUGCCCCAACUCAUUCCCUAAGACACUUCAGAAAUCAGCAUCACCAUAAAUUUACCUAUCGACUAAACCUUUCCCAACUUUUGAUAGGCCUGUGUCCUUCAUACUAGGGUUUUGUACCGCGUUGAAGGAGAGGCGUUUUGAAAUCUGGUCUUGGUAUGGGAUGCACGGGUCAUCAGAUAUAAACAAUUUUUUAUGCAUUUUCCCACUGAGCUUUUCUCUUGGCUUACUUCUAAAUAAAUUGUGGUUAGAACAACAAAACAUCUGCAAUGGUUGCUAAUAAGAUGUAAAGUAAAAAUGAGGACAAAAAAGCCUAUCUAAAUUUGGAGCGAGACUUGUCUAAUAGAUAAUUCAUCGAGUGCCUUUCUGGCUUUUACAGUUAAAUGAUUAAAAGUAGUUUAAAUUCUAUACCAGUCAACAGGUUGAACAAUUUGUAUAUGGGGGUUUUUUAACCUUAAUUUAAAACAUGAGACACUUUCAUAAAUUCUGCAGAAUAGACAUGACCGAAAAAUUCAAGAAACUGAGUGCUAAAUUAAAUUAACAAGAAAUUAUAAGCUACGCCCAAAUUUAUUGCAGGAGCUCCCAUCAAAUUCUACAGCGCAAAUUAACCACUUUCUUGUCCUCUGAAUCUUAGAGCGCUCCGUUGUUUUGGUUCAUUUGUUUGCUAGAUCUUUCCCCCUCUCUCUUUCUCUCUCUCUCCCUUUACUGUUAUCUUUUUAGAAACGAUUUUCGGAGAUAACAUUAGAGACUCAAUAAUAGGAAAUGCAUUUAGCAUACUUUAAAGCUUGGAUGCUUUGAUACUUCAUUCUACGGAAGAAGGAUCCCCUUUGUCCUUGUCCGUUCUGAAGAAAGCAAGCAAACGUCCAAUCUUUAUCCCUAGUUCCGUGCCAUAAGAGUGAGUGGUAAGAGUGAGCCAAGAAUCGUGAAACGGUAAUGAUUUUUGAGGUAACAACCAUGUCAGUUAUUGAAUAUAUCUAUUCAUAUUUUAGAUGGCUUGAUUACCUCCUUUCACGGAUAGUUUAUCAAGCAAAGGCCUUUGUUAUGAAUGCCGAAAUAGAUCGUGACAAGGUCGCUAAGAAAAUGGAGAGAAUCAAUAACCGUCUGUCAGCCAUUGAAAGCGGACAAAGUUAA